UUAGUGUUCACACUCCAGAGGACAGGGGGCGGUAAUGCCUCAAAACAACGGUUGGCCAACUACCACUAAAAAAAAGAAGAAGAAGAAGAAAAGUGUAUUUGGAACAGUAACGUGAAGUCGGUGGAAUAAAUCAAACAGGUUAAGUUAACGGAGGGGAAAUGACCCUCGUUAGAGGUUUACGGCUAUAAAAAAAACAUUUCCAAAAAUGUACAACGUUGCGCUUUAAUAAUUCACAUGGGACCCGAUAGCAGCUAACAAAAUAAGUGUUUUAAAACUCGGGAGUCUCAUCCGUUCAGUCUAUGACCAUGGAUUAGCUAACUAACGCUAACCAGCGAGCUAACGUCACCUGGAUUGUUUUUUUUUCUUGUAUGUUUUUUUUUCAAAAACGCUUCAGCCGUCUAAACGCAACUUCGUGACCUCCAUACUCGUCCGCCUUUCCCACGGGUAAAGAAGGACCUUAUUAUGGACGGCAGCGCCAUUUACGUCCGAGAAAGGGGCAACCUGCGUCGUGUCAGCGACAUAGUGCUGGCGCAGCCGAAGCCGGUGUCGUCAUGCAGAAGGACGAAUCCGUUUGUGCUGCGGAAAGAGCACUUCAUAUUCACCUACAACGCGGAGGGCAGCCUGAGGUACACCACCAAGUCUCUCUUCGACAUCGCCCUGCUGUUCGUGGCCGACAACAUCCACCACGUGGAUUCUCUGGUGGACUUCCCCGAGCAGAUCGGGGACCGGCUGUUCGCGGCGGCGGAGGAGAACCGUGUGUUUUUAAACGCAGACAUUUCGCCCAAAGCCCUGCGGCUGUUCGGUGACGCUUACGGGGAGAUGGUGCUCGGAUCACUGUGUCUGAGAAACCGAUUUCCCCUCCUGCACGAGAGAAUGGAUGAAAUCAAAACCUUCCAUAGUUUGAAGUCUUUAGACCUGUUCGGCUGCAGACUGGGUGACAACCACGAGAUAUUCCAGCAUCUGACAUCCGGCUCGUUGGCCAGCAACCUGGUUCAACUUUUCAUUGGCGGUAACAGUCUUUCGGAUGUCGGCCUUCAGCGGUUGACCGCACCGAUCCGGAUGCUGAGGAAGGGACUGGACUCACUUCAGUUACUGGAUGUUUCCUAUAACCCCAUUACUGUGAGAGCUUUAGGAUACCUCACAUGCUUCCCUAAACUUGAAAACCUUGAUGCAUCUGGGACCAGUUUAAAGCUUGGGAGUGGACUGAAGACGACCAUAUGGGACCUGCUGGGGCUCAUUUAUUCCGAGAAACCACUGGACACCUUUGAUCACUCGAGAUGUAAAACAGAAGGUUGGGCAGAGCAGGUUGUAAACCAGUGGGAGACAAAUAGUUCACAAAUGCCAAAGCUGAAGAAGAUGGAUGAAUCCAGAACAUCAGCACUCCGCUUUUUCGGCCGGCAGAAGUUCGUCAGAGAAGUGCUGAGUGCAGCACCGUCGGCACGUGGCGGCGAGAAGGAGGCAGAGAGAGAGAGACUACACUUCUUCAGACCCGCAGAGAACGAUCCCCUGCCAGAGAGACCGAGUCCUUCCACAACAAACCAUCAAGGCAAGCCUUCCUGGCACAAUCUCAAAAAAAGGCAGCGCCAGUCAGAAAAACGCGACGGUUCGCAUCAAAGUCCUCCAACAAAACGUUUGUCCUCGUCAGCUCUUUCCGCGGAGGACAAUGACUUGUUGAACAGCUAUUGAGGUGUGUGACCGUGCAGCACGCUAGGCACAGCUGGGGUCUGUCGGCGAACCCUCGAGCCCAGAUGAACAAUUCAGGCCGGUGAACUGAAAGUCCCUUUUCUUGGAUGCAGUUGGCGUAAUGUUUUAGAAAUAAAGUUUUGUAUUAUUUAUACGUCCACUUCCUUGCGUGACUGUUGAUUUGAGCUAGCUGAUUUUUAGCUGGUCCCUUAUUGACUUACCUUCCGGUUUCAGAGGGACCCUAGAUUAGGAGUCUUUUCAUAUUUGUUCAUGGACAGUGUUGUACACAAUGGGGAGUAGAAGGCCAACUGAUGCAAAUAACCUUGAGGUAAUGUAUCACUUUGCACUGCUCCCUCACAGCCACAAACCCCUUUAACCAGCUUGUUUUCUCAUAUGCAAAAGUACUCAGACUAUUGAAACAAUGUUUGUGCAGGUCUGCCAAAAUCAAAUGAGCACACAACAAACCUGGUUAUGGAAUAUAGCAACGCAGGAACAGUACAAAGGGCAAAGAAGGCUAAUGUCAGUUAUUCGAAUCUUUUGGGGGAAAUUGCUGUCAUUGGACCUUUUGAGACGACUUCAGGAGCAGUUUUGACUAAAGGGUUCUUUAAAAUGGUUUCUUCAGUUAGCCUCAACAUUACUAAAGUAUGCCAGAAUAAAGUCACCUGUGUCAACGA